GGAAACCUUAGUUCUUGAAGUUUGUUUCAUUGAUCCGGGGCUUCUUGGUAGUUGAUUUUGGAGGGUUCGAUGGUUAAUUGAAGCUUUAUUCGAUAGGCCACGGUUUUGGGGUUUGCUUUUUGUGUAGUUGAUUUUGAGGUCUUGGUGGUUUGAAAGCUUUGUUUGGUAUGUGGGUUGCACUUAAUUGGAGUCAUGGUCGUGUCGGUGUACUGUUUCUGGACUUAUGGGGAAGAAGUGAAGCUGAUUAGCUGAGAGUUGUGGUUGACUCAACUUUGGGUCUUGAGCUCGGUUUUCUGCAAUUGGAUUGGAUUUUCUGGGUUUGUGCUGUUUUGGGUGGUUUGGAUCUUUUUGGGAAUUCUGGGUUUGAUUCAUGGAUGCCAGAUUUGGUGGUGAAGAUCAUCAUUUCUAUGCUAUGCGUACUGCGGCUUUGCGUGCCAUGGGGAAGAGGAGUUUGGAGUGGGAUUUGAAUGAAUGGAAAUGGGAUGGGCAUCUUUUCACGGCCAGCCCAUUGAAUCUGGUGCCAUCAGGUAGCAUGGACCAGCAAUUUUUCCCCCUUGGAUCUGGGAUUCCACCAACUGGGGGCUCGUCGAAUAGUUCUUCGUCAUGCUCUGAUGAGGUGAAUCUGGGAAUUGAGAAAGUGAAGAGGGAAUUGGAGAAGAGGAGGAGGGUUAAUCUGCUGGAAGAGGGCAAUUUGAACGAUGAAGAAGCAGGUACCCUUGCUUUGAAGCUUGGCGGGCAAGGUUAUCAGGUGCCUGAGAGGGAAGUAGGAAACUGGGAAGGAAUGAGUGGAAAGAAGACUAAGUUGGUUGGGUGUACUUCAAACCGUCCCAUUUGUCAAGUGGACAACUGUGGAGCUGAUCUGAGCAUCGCCAAGGAUUAUCAUAGGCGGCACAAGGUAUGUGAGAUGCAUUCCAAGGCCAGUAAGGCGCUUGUGGGGAACAUCAUGCAACGAUUCUGUCAGCAGUGUAGUAGGUUUCAUGUACUUCAGGAAUUUGAUGAGGGGAAGCGAAGCUGUCGUAGACGUUUGGCCGGCCACAAUAAACGGAGGAGGAAAACAAAUCCUGAUACUGUUGUUAAUGGAAGUACACUGAACGAUGAUCAGACUAGUGGUUAUCUAUUGAUUAGUCUAUUGAGGAUACUUUCCAACAUGCACUCCAACAGAUCUGACCAAGCCACGGAUCUGGAUCUACUAACACAUCUUCUAAGGAGCCUUGCCAGACAAAGUGGUGAACACGGGGGAAAAAACAUACCUGCGAUUAUGCAGGAUCCUCCAAGUUCGCUAAAUGCUCCAAAUUCGAUAAAUGCUGGGAAUUCACAUGGAAAUUCCGAGUUGGUUUCUACUUUACUCUUAAACAGUACUGAAGCCCCUUCGAGGCCUCCUAAACAGCAUCACUCUAUACCUGUAUCUGAAAUUCCACAGCAAGGCCGGAGUGUAGAUGAUGCUAGAAGUGAAGACAUACAAACCGCCUCUUCUACAAAACCAUGCAGUUUGAACAGCCCUCAAGCUUACUCAGAAGUUGGAAAUGGUACUGCACAGCGGAUCAAGAUGAACAAUUUUGACUUGAAUGACAUAUAUAUUGACUCAGAUGAUGGCAUGGAAGAUAUUGAGAGAUCGCCUGUCCCUGCUAAUACGGGGACUAGCUCCCUCGACUCUCAUCAGUCAAGUCCACCUCAAACUAGUGGACAUUCAGAUUCAGUGUCUACCCAGUCGCCUGCAAGUUCAAGUGGAGAUGCUCAGAGCCGCACAGAUCGAAUUGUAUUUAAACUAUUUGGGAAAGAACCAAGCGAUUUUCCUCUUGUACUGCGAGCACAGAUUCUUGACUGGUUAUCACACAGUCCUACUGACAUUGAGAGCUAUAUUAGGCCUGGUUGUAUAAUUCUGACUAUUUAUCUACGUCAGGCUGAGGCUGCAUGGGAGGAACUCUGUCAUAACUUGAGUUCCAGUUUAAAAAGGCUUUUGGAUGUCUCAGAUGACUCUUUCUGGAGAACAGGAUGGGUUUAUAUCAGGGUGCUGCAUCAAAUAGCCUUUGUUUACAAUGGUCAGGUUGUUAUAGACACAUCCUUACCUCUCAGAAAUAAUAAUUAUGGUAAAAUAAUGAGUGUCAAACCUAUCGCCAUAUCUGCAUCUGAGAGAGCUCAGUUUCUAGUUAAAGGCAUUAACCUGACUCGGCCUGCCUCAAGGUUACUAUGUGCACUUGAAGGGAAUUAUCUGGUCAUGGAAAAUACUCAUGAUUCAAUGGACACUUGUCAUAACUUUGGGGAGCAUGAUGAGCUCCAAAGCAUCCACUUUUCUUGCUCUAUUCCUGCAGUGAAUGGAAGAGGAUUCAUUGAGAUUGAAGAUCAUGGCUUUAGCAGCAGCUUUUUUCCUUUUAUAGUCACAGAGGAAGAUGUUUGUUCAGAGAUUCGUUCACUUGAGAGUGCAUUGGAGUUGACUGGAACUAAUUCUGAUUUUGAGGGGGCUGGAAUGGAAGCCAAGAAUCAAGCCUUGGAUUUUAUCCAUGAAAUGGGUUGGCUUCUUCAUAGAAACCAGCUGAAGUCUAGAUUUGGUCACUUGAAUUCUAAUGCAGACCUCUUUCCUCUUAAACGGUUCAAGUGGCUCAUGGAGUUCUCGAUGGACCAUGAUUGGUGCUCUGUAGUGAGAAAGCUACUGGACAUCCUGCUUGAUGGAACUGUGGGUGCAGGAGAACACCCUUCCCUGAAUCUUGCAUUAGGUGAGAUGGGUCUCCUUCACAGAGCUGUAAGGAGAAAUAGGAGGGCAUUGGUGGAGCUUCUUUUAAGAUAUCAGGUUUCAGACGAAUUGAGAUCUAAAACCAUGGUGUUGUUUGGUGGCGGCACUGAAAGCUUCUUGUUUAGACCUGAUGUUUUAGGCCCUGGAGGUUUGACACCACUUCACAUUGCAGCCGGUAAAGAUGGUUCUGAGAAUGUAUUGGAGGCAUUAACAGAUGAUCCCAAAAUGGUGGGAAUUGAAGCCUGGAAGGGUGCUCAUGACAGCACUGGUGCCACACCUGAAGAUUAUGCUCGCUUACGUGGCCAUUUUUCGUACAUCCAUCUGCUGCAAAAGAAAAUUAACAAAAGAUCAGCUGGGCAUUUGGUGGUUGAUAUUCCCAAUGUUCUCUCAGACUGCAGUGCAAAUCAGAAGCAACAUGAUGAACUGGUCGCCAGCUUUGAAAUGGGGACUGAAUUGAGACAUAUCCAACAACAAUGCAAGCUUUGUGAUCAGAAACUUGCUUAUGGAACGGCUUGCAGGUCUCUGGUGUACAGGCCCGUUAUGCUUUCAAUGGUAGCUAUAGCGGCGGUCUGUGUCUGUGUGGCCCUUCUGUUUAAAAGCUCACCUGAAGUUAUGUACGUGUUCCGCCCCUUCAGGUGGGAAUCGUUGGACUGUGGUCCGAGCUAAGGUACAUUAACGUGAAGCUGAUAAUCAUGAUAAGGGUGUUAGUGUGUGCAUUUAUAGACAGUAGAAUAGAACCCUUGCCUUGGGUUGGGUUUGAAUUCAAUGACAUUAGUGGCAUAUACUUAAUUUAGUGUUCAGUGUACUUGCCUCAGGCUUGUUUAGUUACUUAAAAUAAGUACGUUCUAUGAUUCCAAGCUCUUUGACUCUCUCUGGGUUUGCCUUUGUAUUAGUGAGAUUCUUUCCUCGUAGGAUGAAUAAAGGAAUAUUAAGUUACUCUUAGUUCUUGAUCGGCAAAAGAAGGUACUUUGAAGA